CCCCACGCUAUCUCACAAUCCUUCUGGAGUCCCGGCAAUGUGCCUUCCCGUCCGUCAUUGACAUCUAACCAUAUGGUUUGACACGCACGGGAUCUUGAUCUUGUAUCGCUUCGUUGAAAGACCCAGCCAUCAUGGGCAGAAAUUCCCCUCAAGGCCUCACGGCCUCUGACUUCCAUCACUCGUCAUAUGUCAAUCCUGUCGAUGUUUUCCCGGCAAAGACCCGGCUAGGAACCAGGGCUCAAAAUUUCAGGUCACCGAUAAGAGGUCAGGUCUCGUCAAGGAGUCCUUCACGACUGCUAUCAGAGUCGCACAAGUUUGCCUGCUGUGGUGAAGACGAAGUCCAUCCCGCCCGGCCAUCAAGUGCUCUCGCCUGCUGUUCGACUGACGAUGGUGUAUCCAACCCUGUUUUCACCCCUCAACAUUCUACCAGCGACUACAAUGAGGCCCUGCACAGCUCACCUUCUCCUAUGGACUGUGAGGACUGCGUUGAUGACUGUGACGACUGCGUGGAAGAACACGAGAAGUACAACCACCAGGCAACCCAGGACGUCGACAACUGCAAGGACUGCAUUGAGGCCGAGUACGAUCACCAGAGCCAUGGUCCGCUCUGCAACGACACUUGCGAAGACUGCGACUUCUCAUGCUUUGAUUGCAUAGAUUGGACCGAGUUCGAACAAGACAAGUCCCUUGGGCUUUCCUUCUCUGUUCCGCUACUCGGUGACAACAGUAUCGCCGACCUGGAACCUCAAUUUGACGACAAUGAAAUGCUCAACUUCCAAGAGGCGCCCAGCAUGCAGCCCGAGCUCGUGGCCCCUCCACUAGAUAUUCCCAUGCACCACCAGUGCUUCGGAGACCCGGCUCGCUAUUGGGACAGCAUGGCACAGGCGCAGAUCUGCACAGGACCAUCCGGUCUGCCUCAACAAUUCCCUCUUCCAACCUUUGCGUUGGAGUAUGGGUGUCAUCCGGCCGCGGCCCACCAGCAGAUGCCUCUACCACCUGUUCCACCAAAUGCACAUCCCUCUACAAACUAUGCAGCAACACCAAGCGUGAAGCUAGAGCCAGCGCCUUCGAUACAGCCGGCUCAGAAUCCUCUGGACAACACAGAAGGCCUACUAUCGGCCAUCUCUGCCCCUAGCACCGCUCUCGCCUGCGAAUGGAUUAUGCCAUGCGGUACAGUCUGUGGUGCGUCCUUCGCCUCCGGUACAGAUCUCAAGAAACACCUCAAAGCCAUUCACCAGGUCAAAGGCGUAACAAAGUGCGCCUGGCAAGGUUGCGAGUCGGCCACAUUCGCUUCCGAAGCUGCGCUCACCGGACACAUGUCGAAGAAACAUCUUGCUCCGCUGCUGUCUGCUUCUUCGUCCGCCAACAAUGCCGAUGCCACGGCAGGCACAGAAGGACCUUUCAAAUGUACAUACCCCGGCUGUCCCAAGUCAUUCAUGUAUAAGCAAGUCCGCGACGAGCACGUUGCAUCCUGCCACAACGGAAAUAAAAUGUACUGCCACAUCUGCGGACAGUAUCUGAAUGGCGAAGGGUCUAACUUCAAGCGACACAUGGCCACGCACCGCCCGAAACAUCAGCAUAUGCUCUGCAAGUUUCAUGGACUGGGUUGCAAGCGACGCUUCCCUAGGCUGGAUAAUCUCAGAAGACACGAGGCAUGCUGCAAGGUUGGAAAGAAGGCAGGGUUAGCUGGUGCCAAUGUAAAGGCUGCGGCGCACCACCAUCACCAUCACCACGAGCACGUGCAUACUGCAAAGUCAUGAUGGCUUCGUGCUUGCGAUUGACGGAAGGCAUUGUGAGGACCACCGAGAACCCCAAGGGCUGGGGGAUCGUCUGACAGGGACGAGAUGACCUGUUGUGGACGCAAAGCAAUGUCAGAACCAUGCUGCAACGCCAUGACGAUCACUUAAGGAUGGCUCUGGGACGCAUGCAAUGCGACACGGAAUAGUCGAGCUGCUGGACACGUUGAAGUCCUUCAUAGCCUGCUUGAGAAUGGAUUUAAAUGUCCCACUACUCUCUAUAUUUGUUGUCACGUUCAUUAAAUUUCAU